GCGGGGCGGGAGGCGGAGGCGCCGCGUAGGCCCGGGAGGCCCGGCGGGCCGGGCUGGGAGCUCGAGCCCCAUGCGCCACCGCCUCCCCCCACGAUGUUCCCCUCCCGGAGGUCCAGGUGGAUCCUCGGUGGCCUCCCCCGGAAAUGCUCCGUCUUCCACCUCUUCGUUGCCUGUCUCUUACUGGGCUUCUUCUCCCUACUCUGGCUGCAGCUCAGCUGCUCUGGUGAUGUGGCCAGGGCAGCUAGGGGACAAGGGCAGGAGACCCUGGGUCCACUCCAGGCCUGCCCCCCAGAGCUGCCCCCUGAACACUGGGAAGAAGAUGCAUCUUGGGGCCCCCAUCGCUUGGCAGUGUUGGUGCCAUUUCGUGAACGCUUUGAGGAGCUCCUGGUCUUUGUGCCCCACAUGCACCGCUUUCUGAGCAGGAAGAAGAUCCAGCACCACAUCUACGUGCUCAACCAGGUGGAUCAUUUCCGGUUCAACCGGGCGGCACUCAUCAAUGCGGGCUUUCUGGAGAGCAGCAACAGCACAGACUACAUUGCCAUGCAUGACGUGGACCUGCUCCCUCUCAAUGAGGAGCUGGACUAUGGCUUCCCUGAGGCUGGGCCCUUCCAUGUGGCCUCCCCAGAGCUCCAUCCGCUCUACCAUUACAAGACCUACGUGGGCGGCAUCCUCCUUCUCUCCAAGCAGCACUACCAGCUGUGCAACGGGAUGUCUAACCGCUUCUGGGGCUGGGGCCGAGAGGAUGACGAGUUCUACCGGCGCAUCAAAGGAGCUGGGCUCCAGCUUUUCCGCCCCUCGGGAAUCACUACUGGCUAUAAGACAUUUCGCCACCUACAUGACCCAGCCUGGCGGAAGAGGGAUCAGAAGCGUAUUGCAGCUCAAAAACAGGAGCAAUUCAAGGUGGACCGGGAGGGAGGCCUGAACACUGUGAAGUACCGUGUGGAUUCCCGCACAGCCCUGUCUGUGGGCGGGGCCCCCUGCACUGUUCUCAACAUCAUGUUGGACUGUGACAAGGCUGCAACCCCCUGGUGUACCUUUGGCUGAGUCGCGUAGACAGUAAGGAAGCCUAUACCUACAGGCCACACUGCUGCUCAGGCUCAGGAUGAAACCUAGGUCUGGGGCCCAGCUCUGAUAGGAUGUGGAGUGGCCCGAAGAAACACCAAGCUCUGUAUUUGCACCAGCCUGACCCCCAAAGGAAGGCUUGAACUGGAGCAGGACACAUAUCAUGCCUGGGACUCUGCUGGCAAUAUACAGUGAUCACAGAAAGUCUGAAAAGUGCUUUAACUAGAACUCUCACUGCCUUUCUGCUUGCUGUACUCUGCCCUCCUUUGUGUGCUGAGGCCUACAGGCAGUGGAAAGGACUGAACUGGACAACUUCUAAUUAGCCUCACUUUUGGCCCUUUCCGCUGGACUGCCUCAUGCAGAGAUACAGUGGGUGAUGUAGGUGGCCAUUGCAGUUGGGAGGCUUAGAACUUCAGAAGCCAGAGCACAAGCCCCACAGAAAGGAACAGCAGAUACCAGCUCCACCUGAUUGUCACAUGCUGGAAUAUGGACCUCAUGUUACCAGAUCUUCUGAUUUUUCAAAAGAAACUAGAAUGCUGGAUUCUUAAGUGAAAUCGGAUUUUUAAAAGAUAGCAGCUAAAUGAAACUUUCAAAAAGUAUGACAGGCCAAACAAAA